CAACUGGCGAGAAAACAUCAUCUAAAAAAAUUAACACUUCGACUGAAAGGAAAGAAAAAGCAAAGUGAAUAUCACCACCACUGAAACUCUUCCCUCCAAAUUGAUUCACUGAGCUAUGAAUUUCUUCAAAUCUAUAUUAUCUGACGAUCCGUAUCCGGACCCCCCAAUACCCAAAAAGCCCCAAGAAUCUACACCUGAACAAUCACACAAAACCCCUGACAAUGACGUCGACGUUGACCCGGAUCACACACCCGAUUCAGCUGCCGACGGUAGUGACGGCAGUGUUUGGAGCUUCGGAGGUCUGUUCAAGACGUUGUCAACUCGAUCCGAAUCAGUGCUCGAGACGUACCGCAAGGAUCUACAGGAAUUCGGAUCCGGGUUGAAAAAAGAAACCGAAUUGUUCCGUGAAGUAGCUAGUCGGGCCGUUAAGGAUCUUCCUAAUUCUAUCGAGGUUAUUGACGGCGUCAUCAAAUCUACGGCUGAGAUUAUUUCACAAGGUAAAGAUUCCCUUUUAGCAUCCUCUGAUGAUGUUGAACCCGAAACCCCUGAUCAAAAUCGGGUCUUGAACUCGACCCGGUACAGUCGGUUCGAAUCUCAAUUGAUUAAUAUCCAAAAUGACCCAAACACAUUCUGUUUGGAGCCCGAGGAUUUAGAGGAGUACAAGAAGUGGAAAUUAAGUUUUGAUUUGAAGGAGAAAAAUGAGGAAGUUGAGAACUUGAUUGGAAAAAUUGGAUCUUUAGAAGGUAUCUACAAAAGGGUUGUGCCUAAUGAAGUUGAUCAUGAGACGUUUUGGUAUCGUUAUUUUUAUAGAGUGUACAAGCUUGAGCAGCAAGAGAGUGUUAGAGCUAAGCUUGUGAAGAGAGCAAUAUCUAUAGAUGAUGAUGAUGAAGAAUUGUCUUGGGAUGUUGAUGAUGAUGAUGAUAAUGAACAAGAGAGCAAUGCCAAAUCGAAAGUUGAUGAGCAGAGAAAAGAGGGUUCAUCUGUUAUUGAAAGCUCCGUUGAUGAUGUAAAGAAAUUGGCUUCGGCUGAGAAUGAAUCUGCUAAUAAGGACUCGGCUAAUGUUGCAAAGGAAGUGUCUCCGGAUAAAAGUGAACCAAGCAAAGAGGAUUCAACCAAUGUUGUUAAACAGGCCGCUCAUAGUGAUGAAUCAAAAACUUUAAGUUCAGCUACUGUUGGUAGGAAAGAAGAGAAUCAGUCUAAUGCAGAUGGUGCUGGCAAGAGCCAUGUCGUAGAAUCGAGUGGGAAUAGCGAAGAUAGUAAGAAAGAGGACUCUGAAGUUACUUCUUUGAGUAAGGAGGAGGGGAAUAGCGAAGAUAGUAAGAAAGAGGACUCUGAAGUUACUUCUUUGAGUAAGGAGGAGGGGAAUAGCGAAGAUAGUAAGAAAGAGGACUCUGAAGUUACUUCUUUGAGUAAGGAGGAGGGGAAUAGCGAAGAUAGUAAGAAAGAGGACUCUGAAGUUACUUCUUUGAGUAAGGAGGAGGGGAAUAGCGAAGAUAGUAAGAAAGAAGACCCUGAAGUUACUUCUCUGGAUAAAAAGGAGGAGAGGGCGGCAAUAGGUUCAGAGGGGAAAGGUGAUAAGGAUGAAUCUGGUAAAGGUGGUGAUGUCUCUAUAGUGUCAAGUCACAAGACGGGGGCUGAUGAGGAGGACUUGGAUUGGGCUGAGAUUGAGGACAUUGAGGGUAAUGACGACAAAAAGGCAACUUCUCAUGCUGCAAGUUCCAAUAGAGCUGAUCUGAGGAAGAGGCUUAGUGUUGAAGAGGAUGAUGAGGAUUUGAGUUGGGACAUUGAAGAUGAUGAUUAGCCUGUGAAAGCUUGAUUCUGAGACAAAGUUAAGAUAUGCAGGAAGCCGGAUGCCAAAGUUGUCAGUAUGCAACAUAACUCAAGAGUUGAACGUUAACGCUUGAUACCUAGUAAAAGUAAGAUAAUGUUCUUCGUAUCAUGCAGUUUGUUUAAUCAUGAUUCAUGAUUUUCAUUCUUUAUAUUGAAGUUUUAGUUUAAUAGUCAA